AUGAAUCGAAGUAUACGCUAAAAUUAAAGAGUUCCAUAUUCACUUAAUUAAUCUAUGACAAAUGGAUUACCAGCAUUAAAUUAGGAUAACAAAAAUCUGGGAAGAUCUUUAUUUUAUAAGAGAAGACUUACACAUAAAUAUUAAGAUUCUCCAAAUAAUGAAAUUUCAACAGGAAGAGUAUUAUUUCCAUUCAAAAAGGAUGUUGAAGAAUUGAAAGAAGAAAUAAUAUAAUUAAAAAAAGAGAAUUAUCAACUUAAGCAUUUAAACUAAUAAUUAUGUUUUUAGAUAAAACUUGAUGAGGUAAUCAAUUUAUUAUUAAUAAAAGAAAGAAUAAAUUGACAAACGAACUACACAAGAUGUAUCUGAUGAUUAUAUGAAUUAAAAUCAAAAUAGUAGACUUACAGAGAAGUUAAAAUAGGCUAGAUUACUAUUACAAGAGAAAUAGAUUGAAAUUGAUAAUUUGAAAAAGAGUACUCGUUUUAUGCGGAUAUAAGAGAUAGAAGUAUUUUGCUUUAUUGAUAUUCCAAGAAUGAACUCAGUGCAACUAAGUUAAAGUUUGAGUUUUUAAACAAAUAAUUCAAUGAAAUUUUAAAGACUGAAAGUGACGUAAACAAAUUUAAAAAAUUAACUGUUCAAACUAUUUAAUUAGAAGAAUAAUUGAGAUAAUCUAUGUAUUCACAUUAAAAACAAAAAAAGAAAAUUUUGAAUUUAAGACAAGAGUUAUUGACAUGUUAAGCAUUAAAAGAGAAAUAUAAAAAAUAAUAUGAAUAAGCAUAAAAUGAAUUUUUUAAAUUUAAAAAGGAUCAUGAAUAAGAAAUUUUGAAGAAAAAUAAAUACAAAGAAACUAUUGAGAAUCUAAGUUAAUAAUUAAUAGAAAAAUAAACAUUAAUUUUGUAAUUUUAAUAUGAUUUAGAAAAGUAAAGGAUGUUAAUUUCUUAGAAAUAAAAUUAUUUUAAAGAAUUAGAAGAUUAAUAUUAAACAAAGAAAUCAUGGUUUACAAAUAAAAGAGAAGCUCCUACAGUAUUUUAAGAAAUUUUAGAUGAAAAAGUAAACAAAAAUAACAUUGUAAUAACAAAUGAUGAAAUGAUUCAUUCUGUUAAAGUAGGUUCAUAUUCUAAAAUUAUAAUUGAAGAUGAGAUUAAAGACAAAAUUCAAAUUAUGCCAAAUUGUACAGGUGUAGAUUCUGCAGGAGAAGAAUAAUAAACAUCUAAAGUUUAAAGUUCAAGACAUUUAUAAGAUAUAGAAUAUGUAAAAUAAAAAUUACCUAAAGUAAAUUUUUAAGAUGUUGAAAAUAUUGGAAAAUCUUUAAAAUAUUAAUUAAUGGCUGAAAAGAUUACAAUUGAAGAUAUCAAUAAAUUUUUUGAUUAAAAAUAAGAAAUUACAAUAGAAGAAUUAGUGGAUAAAUUAUAGGUUUAUCCAUUUAAUAUUUAAGAUAAUAAAUAAGCAUUAUUAUUGGCUCGUUAUUUAAUUGAGGAUAAUUCAUAAUAAUUUGUUGAUUUUACACCUUUUUAAAUUAAUAAUAUAUGUAUAAUUAAAAGUGUAUUAAAGAAUGUAAUUGGUAAAUACACUUUAAUGAAUGAAGAAAAAUAUUAAUAAAUUAUUUAAUCUAUUGCUUAAUAAAUUUGGAAAUUUAGAUAAUUAAUUGUUGAAUAAAUCAAAAUAAUUUUAUAAAAAAAAACAAAUACUUAAAUUAGUGAAUUUUGUGAUGAAAAUGAAUUCAAAGUUGCUUUAUAAAUUAGUAAUAUUUAAUUUGAUGAUAAACAAAAAGAAUGUUUAGGAUAAUUUAUUUAUAAAGAAUACAAUGGAAAUAAAUUGUUUAAUUAUAAAGGUCUGAUUGAUAAAUUUGGAUUUUAACUUUAGCUUAAUUCACCAGUUUACAUUCAACAACCUCAAUGA